AGGGGGGGGGGGUAUCUGAGGGGCUUUGCAGCUUUUAGAGAGACACACACGGGGAGAGGAGGCUCCAUUCUCCAGCCAAACCUCCUAGCACACACAUCCCACCUUAAAGUGACAACUCCUGCCGCUCUCUCCAUUUUAGGGAUAUUGUGCGACCCCCCCUCAAACAAAUCACACACCCCUGGAUUCUUUUUUUUUUUCCUCUCCUUUUUUGCCUCCUGCUUAACUUUGCGUUGAAGUCAGACAAGUCGAGCCAAAGACUUUGGAGGAAAGCAAAACUGACCGUUGUGCUGCUCAACAAGCCCGGCUCGAAGGAAAGAAGAGCAGUCAUGCCCCGCACCUGCCGCCCUGAGAUUUACUCGUGUGCCCGCGGAGGCUGCUAAAGGAAAGCGAUUCCUUGUUCCAAGCUGCCUGAUUUGCCUCUGCCUUCGCCUGCACUGUGCGAUUCUGCCUCCAGCUCCCAGUAGCAGCAGCAGCAGAGGGGGACAGGGGAGUGCAGCGCUGCUCACAAGCCUCCAUCUGAUUUUCUUCAAGUCUAGAAGUUCACUCCAGAGUCGAAACGGCGACUACAGCCGAAUUCCACCCUUUCAUCUGCCUCCCCAUGGAUAUGCACUGCAAGGCAGAUCCCUUCUCGGCUAUGCACCCAGGGCAUGGGGGUGUGAACCAGCUCGGGGGGGUAUUUGUCAACGGCAGACCCCUACCUGAUGUGGUGAGACAGAGGAUAGUGGAACUGGCCCACCAAGGAGUGAGACCCUGUGAUAUCUCCAGGCAGCUGAGGGUCAGCCAUGGAUGUGUGAGCAAGAUCCUGGGCAGGUACUACGAGACGGGGAGCAUUAAACCAGGAGUUAUUGGCGGAUCCAAACCCAAGGUUGCCACUCCCAAAGUUGUCGACAAAAUCGCAGAUUACAAGAGACAAAACCCUACAAUGUUUGCUUGGGAAAUCCGGGAUAGGCUUUUGGCUGAAGGAAUCUGCGACAAUGACACGGUUCCCAGUGUGUCCUCCAUAAACAGAAUUAUCAGAACAAAAGUCCAACAGCCGUUCCAUCCAACACCUGAUGGAACACCAGUCAGCACGCCUGGGCAUACUCUCGUUCCCAGUACAGCAUCUCCACCUGUCUCCAGCGCAUCCAAUGAUCCCGUAGGCUCUUAUUCAAUUAAUGGAAUCCUGGGUAUUCCUCGUUCUAAUGGCGAAAAGAGGAAACGCGAUGAAGAUGGAUCUGAUGGUUCUGGUCCAAAUGGAGAUUCCCAGAGCAGUGUUGAAAGUUUACGGAAGCAUCUACGGGCUGAUAACUUCACUCAGCAGCAACUGGAGGCAUUAGAUCGAGUCUUUGAGCGUCCUUCUUAUCCAGAUGUCUUUCAGAGUGCUGAACACAUCAAAUCUGAACAGGCCAGCGAAUACUCCCUUCCAGCGCUCACUCCUGGUCUUGAUGAAGUCAAGUCUAGUCUAUCAGCAUCCGGCAAUGCAGACCUAGGAAGCAAUGUGUCAGGACCCCAGUCCUACCCUGUAGUAACCGAGAGUUUCGCCUCUCACCUCUAUUUGAAGCAAGAGCCUCACGAAGCUUCCCUAACUCCCUUCACUCCCUCUUCAUUGGCCAGCUCGGGGCUGGCUGACAUCCAGCCUUUCCAGAUGGCCCUCACGGUUGAUGCGUCAACACCUACGUACAGCUCCUUCACCCACCAUGGCCCCCCCUAUGGGCAGUUCGGCAGCCAGCCACUCAUAGCAGGACGAGAUAUGUCAAGCACCACUCUUCCAGGUUAUCCACCUCAUGUACCUCCAACAGGACAAGGCAGCUACCCAACAUCAACUCUUGCUGGAAUGGUACCUGGCACCAACGUUUCGGUCCACCAUUCGGUCCAACCUGUGGAGUGCUGUUCAUGUCUUUCCAGCUCUAAACCAUGUCUGUUUCACUGCAGGACUGGGAGUGGAAGUGAAUUUUCAGGAAAUCCUUAUAGUCACCCUCAAUACACAACCUACAACGAAGCAUGGAGGUUCAGCAACCCAGCACUAUUAAGUUCCCCUUAUUAUUAUAGUGCCACAUCCAGGGGCUCCGCACCUCCCACUGCUGCCACUGCCUAUGACCGCCACUAGUUACCAUGGAAACCACAUGAAACUACAGGGCGAGAACAUAGGCCUCCAUAUUGUACCUGUCUGAACUAUAUUAACUAUGCCAUCGGAAGAAGAGUGGUCUACUCUGCUUUCCUUACUGACGUUCCUCAGCUGUAAUAGGCUGCUUUUACCUCUGCCGCAAGCCUCUUUGUUGUUAUUGUGCACGGUAGCUAGAUGAACAUCAAGCCAAGUCAUCUGAUUUCAGAACUCAUUUCCAAAAAAGGCCCACUAUUUAAGUUAUGCAGUGAAUUGUGGUAGGACACCACAGAACUUAUGUCUUCGCCCUCAAAAAAAAAAGGAAUGCGGAAUAUGAAUACCUUUUCUAAGACAUACAUGUGUGCUACAAUAAAGAGAGAAAGACGUUUUAUGGGCAGCAAAUGCAAACUCGAGAGGGAACAACAGCUAUAUAUAUAUAUAUAUAUAUGUAUAUAGCAUGUUCCGCAAAUGGUUCAAGGUACUGUUAAAAGGAGUUUAACCAGAAUAAUUACGGAAUAUUAAGCAGUUGGAGGAUGGGAAGGCUUAAAAAAAAGGAUGUCUUCAAUGAUGCCUCUCGGGACAUUAAAACUACCCACUUUCCUUGGAUGGGAUGCCUGUCUCUCUCAUAUCCUCUCUCCCCAUUGUGCUGGCAUGUCAUAAUAUUCCACAACGACGCAGUUCCAGUCAAAGAAACAAUCAACUCAGAGAAGAAGACAGAAGGACAUAUUAAAGUCGACUACACAGAAAAAAAGAAAUAAUUAAAAUAUAUGAAUAUAUAUAAAUAUAUAUAUAAAUAUACUCUGUUUUUAUGCUUUAUCAUGAAGGUCUGGGAAAAAACGUUACAAUAGACAAUUUUUUUUUUAAAAAAAAGCAAACAAACAAAAAUAAUUAUGAAAACUGAAAAAAAAGAAAGAACUACUGAGGAUCAAAAGGAAAAAAAGGCAAUUCUUGAAUUAUAGCCCAUCUUGUUCUUUUUUUGUUUUUCUUUUGCACUAGUGUACCAUAGUCUCAUUUAACAGGACAGUGCUGUGUCCCUGCAUCAACUCAUUGUGAAUAUACGGCAUUUAAAUGAAAAAGAGAAGCAAAUUGAAAUGCAUUUCUUAAAUGUAAUAUUUUAUUCAUUUUUUUAAUGGCACUUAACAAGGCCGGGAUUUCAGGUUUACAAACAAUUUGCCUUUACAAUAUUCUAAAUGUAAAUUAUUAGAGUAGACAAUUCCAAAAUGUUGCCACUUCAACUCAUAGAAUUAAACCAAUCCCAUUGCAAGCUUAGACCUCUGUUCAAAAUUUGUCAUUAUUAAAACAUUGCAUGGCAGAAAUUCCUUGCUGUCCCAGGGUUCAUGUUAAACUGUUACAUGGUACUGCCUUUGUACUACUGCUGUGUGUGCUACACUGACUUUGCAUUGCAAAAGGAAAUAUUCUAAAAACUCACAGGGUGACCAAACCAGACUAAGGGUUGGAGUAAGUAAUACAAUUUUAUUUCAUUUAAAUUCAUGUAAAUGCCUUUUAUCUGCACUUACAAAUACACAUGGGAAAGUUAAAAAGAAUUUCAAAAAUAGAAUUGUUCUUACACAAAAUACAGUCUAUGGAUAGCAAGGCAAAACCUUCAUUGCUAGAGGCUAGCAGUCCUUUCCAGCAAAAAGAUGGUGGAAUGGGAAAUCCAUGAACCAGAUUAAAAAAGAGUAUUCAAAAGAAAAUUAAAAAUAUAUUGGUUUACGGAAGUGAAUGAGUAAAUAUAGUCUGUCCUAUCAACCAGCAUGUGGUAUUUUUACUAGUUUGGAUCAAUUUGAACAAUUAAAGCAGAUAUUUGAUUGGAUGCUAUGGCUGCUAGGCAGAACAAUAUACUUCUAUGAGGCAUAUCUAUUGAUAAAUACAGUGGGUUAUUCCAAAGUGGCCAGUGCAGUGAUGUUAUUCUAGUGCAAGGCAGGGUGACGGCAAACUUACUCCAUUAAAAGGGUCUUUAGGCCUCAAUGUCUUAAUGUAAAUAACCAGCUGAUCAACACAGAACUGCAUAAAUUGAAUGAUAUAUAUGGUAUGAAGGCCAUUUGACAGAAGGCAUUGUAACUGCACUCCCUGUGGGUAAUUAUAAUCAGGAAACUGGUACACCCUAUGCACAUAUUCUAAUACUAUUUCCCACAAUUAUGUCACUAAAUUAUGACCCCAGAAUUUUGUUCUUCAUAUGCCUGAAUCACUGUGAUGUGAACUGAGGAAUAAACAACCACUGGUCCUCCAGCCCUGCUGGUAGGGGUAUGGAAGGAGUUAUUAAAGUCCAUACACUGAAUAUUGAAUGGGAGAAUAAGGAGACUGGGAAAUCUAAUUGACCUCUGUUUAGGAAAGAUAUCUUGAAACUAUGUCAAGGUGGGGAUAUGUAUGGGGGUGCCGUUUACGCAAGAAUUGCUCUCGUUUUCCCUUAGUGGUCAUCACAGAUGUUUCUGCUCUUUAGAUUUCAUUAUAUCUAUUUAAUUUUGGAUUAACAUGGAGGCCAUUCAUCAUAUAAGCUAAUAUCUCAAUAAAAUAAGUCCUUCCCUAUUAGGUUAUUCAUUUACCACUUUCAAACAUUAUUUUUACCUUUUGAAAGAAAAUAUUUUUGAGAGUCACAGAAUAAUCCCAAGCCUGCCAUCUUUCAGGCUGAAGCUCUCAUGAUACCCAAUAACUAAGGGAUAAUGGGAUUUCAAAUUCGCUUAGAGCAGGAAGGCCACACACAAUGCAAAGAACAUCAUUGUAACCUCCCAAAUCCCACAAGUCUAUACCCUUCAUCUUCUAAUGAUAUGAUAAUGUAAGCCAUGCUAAUGCAGUGCUGAACUGAACUGUUUGCUGUCAUAACAAUCUAUUGUGUUACUAUUAUCAACAAUGAGACCAAAUGGUGUUUCCUUACAUGGGUCCUUACAGGAAAAUAUAGCAAUUAUUUAAUGAUGUGUGUUUUGGGCAAACUUACAAAACAAUCAUUGCUUUGUAGCGAGACGUGUGUAAUAUGAAGGAGAAUUCUCUUGUAUAUAGGUUCAACUGCAUUUCAUACACAUGAUAUUAAAUUAAACUUUCUUUAUGUAAAAUAAAAAACAAAAAGUGAAA